AUGAAGUUCUCUCUCAUCGCUCUCGCUACCGGCGCCGCCGCCAUGAUGAACGGCACCCGACCUGAGCCUGGCAACAUGACCACCUAUACUACCGUCGUUACUGCUUUCACUACCUUCUGCCCUUCGGACCGCCCGCCGUCGUCCCGAGCUUCCACGGCCUGCCUGCCAGCGCAGCACAGACGAAUCUCGUGUAUGAAAUAUGAUGGACUAACACCGACUUCACAGGGCCCUACUCUGAUCCCCGUCCACGGUAACAAGACCAUCACCGUCACCAAGGCCACCACCCUGACCAUUACCGACUGCCCUUGCACCAUUGUCACCAGCUCCUUUCACGUUCCUCCCCCCACCAACGUGCCUCCUCCUCCUCCCGGCAACAAGAACCCCCCUCCGGCUAACAAGCCCUCUCCUCCUCCUGCCGUCAACCCUCCCCCCGCCGUCAACCCUCCCCCUGCUGUCCAGACUACUCCGGCCGCCAACCCUCCUGCCGCCAACCCUCCGGCCGCCAACCCUCCGGCCGCCAACCCCACCCCUGCCACCCAGAACCCGCCCACCGUCCAGGCCACCAACCCGCCUACUGUCACUGCCGGUGCCGGCCGUCUCGGUGCUGGUGUCGGCGCUCUGAUCCUCGCCGCCGCCUUCGCCAUGGCUCUGUAA